AUGUUCAUGUAUUCCUACACCCACCUAGCUACCUUGCAAGUGAUUUACAACCAGAAGGGCUACCCGAAGCUGGCGCUGGACGGGUACUACUACAGGCCGCACAACGCGUACCGGAACCAGCCUAAGGUGCUGUGGUACUGCGCGGCGCGGAACAAGUUCCAGUGCACUGCGACGCUGAGGACCCUCCAUCGGGAGGUCGUGGCGGUGACAGGGGCGCACAACCACGCGCGC